CUCAGAGGUCAGUUUGAUGUUAAGACAGGAAGUAGUUGUUGUUGUUGUUGCCUUUUUUGGGGAUCUUGCACAUUUGUGGUUGUUUUUUUUCCAAAAUGCACUUUUGUGUUUAUUCUCAUGUAAAUCUCGUACAUCUAAAUUGUCAUUAGAUGUUUCCGCCUAGUCAUGUCACACAUGUAGUUCAGAGAGAAAAGUAGUCUUCUUCCAGCACACGUUGGAAAAUGGACAAUAAAGAUGACUUUGAUAUUGUGUGUGCUAAUUAAACUGAUACUUUAGAGUUGUUAUCUUAAAAAACAACAACCUGUAAACAAUGCCUUGUUUUUGGCCUAGUUUGUGUCACAUGACUGUGUCUUCUCAUCCCUUUUGCCCUCUGUCACUCAGUCUGGGGCCAGUUUGACGUCUUUGUUCAAGCUUUCUGGUGACUGAACACUCUUCAACUGUUUGUGUAUUGUCUGCUGAUUUAACCCACCUGUGAUUUGCCUGCCAACUCUGCCUGUAGCCCCUCCUUCCUGCAGCACAGCUGGAAGACAACGGAACAUUCCAGUUAGUAUGAAUAUUUGAUUGCAGCUGGAGCCCAGGGGCCAUGGAGGUUGGAGGCCCCCGCACAGGCGUCCAUGCACCGGUUGCACAGCAUCACUCACAGUGGUCCGCCCCUCCCCCCCCUUCUUCCCCACACCUGGUGGUAGGAUCCAAACACAAACAACAUGGCGGCUGAUGGUGGCGAGCGUAGCUGUGGAGUACAUGAGUUGAUCUGCGUGAGAAAAGUCUCUCCAGAGGUGCUGGGCUUUCUGACAGCCAUCGGACUCUUCAUCACUCUCAUGACUCUCAUCUUCUGGUACCUCAACAACAAGUCCAUGCUGGAGAAAGCAGGAAGCCUUCAGUGCCUCGACGACUUCAGGAAGAACACAGACUUGCCAGAAAAUGUUUAUGCUGACGACGACCAGCAGGGCUCCUCGUCAGACAGCGAGGAUGAACUGAUGGGUCAGUACCAGAAAGCCGUCAGUCGAGCCCAAGGCCUCAGAAGGUCCAACGUGUGCAGUAACGUCAAACCUGCGGCAAGGUUCCGCUGGGAGAGCCGGCAGAAGUACAGCCCCCUGACGGCCAAAUAUGACGGCUACUGCAGUGACGCCUCCGCGGAUGACGCCAACUGCAUCCAGAGGAUGAGGCGCACACCCCCGCUGGAUGAACUCCAACCUCCGCCCUACCAGGAUGAGAACGGCUCCCCCCGCAUGUCCUGCACCCUCUCGGACCCGGGCGACGCCAAGUGUGAUCUCUCCCAAACCAGUGGCAGCCCCCACCUUUCUUUCCGCAAAUGCACCAGCGAGGGAAGCGACGGCCACGAGACGGAAAGUUACCUGAACAAGGGCUACGAGGAGGACGUGCCCAGCGACAGCACGGCGGUUCUCAGUCCCGAGGAGAUGUCAGCCCGUGGUUCAGCAGCACAGCUCCUUAAAGGCUACGAACCAGAUGCACACGCCAAGUACGGCACCCUGGACGUGGUCUUUGACUACGAUCCAGAGGAGCAGCAGCUGGCCGUGACCGUCAUGGCGGCCACAGACCUCCCCGUCCUAAAGCACACCGGCAACAUCUCCUGGCAAGUCCACCUGGUGCUGCUGCCCGGCAAAAAGCAGAGGGCAAAGACGGGAAUCCAGAGAGGCCCGUGCCCUCUUUUCACAGAGACCUUCCACUUCUGCCGCAUGGAGUCCGAGAUGGUCGGCAACUACGCCAUCAGAUUUCGCCUUUACAGCAUGCGGCGGAUGAAGAAGGAGAAAGUUCUGGGGGAGAACGUCUUCUACCUCACCAAGCUCAACCUUCAGGGGAAAAUGUCCGUGCCGGUGAUAUUAGACCCGUGCUGCACAUAUCAGGGUGCAGAGUCCCAGGUCAGUGUGUCAGACAUGACCUGCAGUGACUUGUCCUUCCCGUCAGUGAGUCAGACGUCCACACCUGAGAUCCUGGUGGGUCUGGUCUACAACGCCACCACAGGACGUCUCUCAGUGGAGGUCAUUAAGGGCAUCCAUUUCAAGAACCUUGCUGCCAACAAGCCACCCACACACCUGUGAAGUGAGAACCCUUUCAGGUGACGACCUCUUGAAGCUCAUGGAGAGAAUGCCAGGAGUGUGCAAAGCAGUAGUCAGAGCAAAGGGUGGCUAUUUUGAAGAAACUAGAAUAUAAAACAUGUGUGGAGGACCUCUUCCUCUGGGUUCCUUGGACCACCAAUGUUGGACAUGACAGCUGCGUUCAUCUUGGUGAACAAUAAUUUAUUUUUCAAUAAAUGUUCGUUGGGACCUUUUCCAGUCAUUCUCUUCCUUUUGCACUUUUUCUUUGACUUCUUCCUUGAUUUCUUCUCGUUCUUCUUUUUGUUCUUUUCUUGUUGUUGUUCUUCUUGUUCUUUUCUUCUUGUUCUUCUUGUUCUUCUUGUUCUUCUUCUUGUUCUUCUUGUUGUUCUUUUUUUUCUUGUUCUUCUUUUUGUUCUUCUUGUUCUUCUUCUUGUUCUUCUUGUUGUUCUUCUUGUUCUUCUUGUUGUUGUUCUUCUUGUUGUUGUUCUUCUUGUUCUUCUUGUUCUUCUUGUUCUUCUUAUUGUUCUUCUUGUUCUUCUUCUUGUUCUUCUUUUUGUGAUUCUUCUUGUUCUUCUUGUUGUUCUUCUUCUUGUUCUUCUUGUUGUUCUUCUUGUUCUUCUUAUUGUUCUUAUUGUUCUUCUUGUUCUUCUUGUUGUUCUUCUUCUUGUUCUUCUUGUUGUUCUUCUUGUUCUUCUUAUUGUUCUUAUUGUUCUUCUUGUUCUUCUUGUUGUUCUUCUUCUUGUUCUUCUUGUUCUUCUUCUUGUUCCUCUUGUUCUUCUUCUUGUUCUU